UUAAAAAAGUAUCAUAGCAAAAUGUAUAUAUUAAAGAGAAAACAUAUUCUAAAGUAGGUUAUCUAUUUGAUUAUUUCAUAUUGUUAUUUUAUUGUAGGGGAAAUUUUACUUAUACACUUUACAUGAUACUACUUUUUACUUAUACCAACACUCAAAGGACAUUUUCAUAAAUAACACAUUCAUUAAUUGGUAAAAGACUAAACUAACCUUAUCUUUACUUCAAUCUAUCGUCUCUUUCUUCUCCACCGUCGUGAUCCUUCUUCUCUCUCCUUUCGGAUCCACCGUCUCUCUCUCCGUCGGAUCCACCGUCUCUCUCUCCGUCAGAUCCGCCGUCUCUCUUUCCGAGAUCCAUCAUCUCUCUCCUGUGGAGAUCGUUCUUCUCUCUCCGUUGAGAUAUGUCGUCAUCUCCGACGAGAUCCAUCGUCGUCUCCGUUGAGUUCCAUCGUCACUCUCUCUCACGCAUCUAGCGAUAAGCAAUUACGAGAAUCACGAUUCAAAACUUCAAAGAUGUUGGCUCCUCUCCACGAUUCACACUGGAGAGCUUUGUGUUUGGAGCCAGACAAAAACAAACAGUGCAACCUGGCCAUCUGCUUGAUGCGUAUGGGUCGAAUCCCAGAAGCUAAAUCUCUGAUUGAUGCUGUGAGAGAUUCUUCUGCAGAGAUUGAGUUCGGAGAUGAACCGUUCACGAAGUCUUACGACAGAGCCGUUGAGAUGUUAGCAGAAGUGGAAUCUAAAGAUCCAGAAGAUGGUCUUUCGGAUAAGUUCUAUGCGGGAUGUUCAUUUGCAAACGAAACAAUGAAGGAAAACAAAGCUCCUCGAAAUGCAAACAGGAACCACUCGCAUGUUCCUCCUUCUCCAGCAUCUGUUAGACAAACGUGAGAGAGGCUCUGUUGGUCCAAGGAUGGAUGAAACUGGCCCUUAUCUUCCCACUGAGAAGGUUGAUCAAUUGCAAAGUUCUGAUACAAGGGAAAGGAAGGUAGUCUUGCUGCAGCUUUGGUUCUAGCUAAUCUAUAUUAUCUUGCAUGUUAGAAACCUCUUAUAAGGGUUUAUAAAACUAUUUAUAAGAACUUAUAAAUCAUUUAUAAGGUUUUGCAAAUAUAUUUAUAAAAGUUUAUGAAUCUGUAUAUAAGGGUUUAUAAAAAUAUUAUAAGAGUUUAAUAAUCUUCAUACCACAAUUUAUAAGAGUUAAUAAAUCUUUUUCAAGAGUUUAUAAAUCUUUACAAACAUUUAGUAGUAAAAUAUUCAUAAAGCAAGUGUCUAUAAUUCUAAUAUAAAUGUUUGUAAAUUAUUAUAAUAAAUAAAAGAUUAUUUAUAAUGGUUUAUAAAACAAUUAAUAAGACUUUAUAAAAUCAGUCUAUAAAGUUUUUUAAAUAUAUUAUUA